UUUGUUUUCAUCAUUUUGUAUAUAAUCAAUCGAAUAAAAUGACUUCAAUUAAUUCAUAUUUUAUUUGUGAUUAUAUAAAACAUUCAAUAGUACAAAAACCAUCUAUAGAAUCAAUUCUUUUAUCAACUAUGAAUUUAAUUCAUAAUCAAUCCAAUAAUAUAGAAAAAUUAUCAUCUACGGAUUAUUUUUUAAAUAGAUAUACAAAUAUUACGACUAAUUUAACAUCAUCUUAUAUUUAUUCAACAAAUGCUAGAAGCGAUCCAUUGAAUGUAUUCAACAAUAAUACUUCAUUGAAUAAGUUAUUAAUCCCUGUACAAGAGGAUUCAAUGUAUAAUAAUCAUAAUAAUAAUAAUAAUGAUAGUAAUUAUCCUUAUUAUCAUUAUUAUUCUGAUAAUAUUCCAUUUUCUGUUAUAAUGAUAUGUCAAACAAUUGAAAUGAUAUGGAAUUAUAUACCACCAUUAAUAUUUUUUAUUGGUACAAUUGGUAAUUUAUUUUCAUUUUUAGUAUUUUAUAAACAUACUACAUUAUAUUUAUCAUCACAUAUAUAUUUAUUAUAUUUAGCUAUUGUUGAUGAAGGUGUAUUAUGUAUUGGUUUAUUACGUAGAUGGUUAGAUAAAUUAUUAUUAAUACGUUUAGAAGAUAAACAUUGGUUAUUAUGUAAAUCAAUACAAUUUAUUGGUGUUACAACAAGUUAUAUAUCUGUAUGGAUUAUUGUAUUAAUUACUGUUGAACGUACUAUAGUUGUUAUAUCACCAAUUAAUUCAUUAUGUAUUAAUCGUAUUAAACGUUCAUAUAUAUCAAUUAUUAUUUUAUGUAUUUUAUCAUCAAUUAUAAGUAUACAUUUUUUUUUUACUGUUAAUUUAGUAACAAUUAAUUCUAGUUAUUAUGAUCAAAAUCAUAUAAAUUUUACCUUAGCAACUAAUGAAUAUUAUUCAAUAUUAAAUAUUAAUAAUACUAUACAAUUAUUUAAUAAUCAUUUAUAUGAUUCAAAUAAUUUAAUAUGUGAUUUUUAUUCUAUAUUUAAACAAAAUGGUUUUCAAUCUAUAUGGAUAUGGAUUGAUGCUACAUUAUAUAGUUAUUUACCAUUUAUUAUUAUAUUAAUAUCAAAUAUAAUUAUAUUAAUUAAUAUACGUUGGGCUACAAAACAACGUGCUUAUUUAAUUGGUAAAAAACAAUUCACUACAAAAUUUUUAUAUCAUCCAUAUACUACUGAUAAUAAUCCUAUUCAUUCUAAUUAUAUUCAUCAUCAUCAUCAUCAUCAAAAUAAUAAUAAUAAUAAUAAUAAUAAUAAUAAUAAUGAAAGAUUAUGUAAUUUAUCAAUAAAAAUGAAUCAAAUUAUUAAUUCUAAUCAUCAAUCAUCUUCAUUAUGUUCUUCAUCAUUAUAUAAUAGAAAACAAAAUACAUUACAUUUACAAAUGAUAAUACCACAUACUCCAAGUACUGAUUCUUUGAACAGUUGUCAUAGUGAUGAUUUGCAUAAUAGUAAUAAUACUAAUAAUAUUGGUAUAUCUCAUACAAAGAAUCAUCAUCUGAUUAAUAUGAACUUAUGUAAAUGUAAACAUCCAAGUGUGACUAUGCAAUUAAAACCAUACAAUAGUAAUAAUAAUAAUAACAAUAAGAAUCUAAAAGGUAUUACUACGCCCAAUAAACCAAUUAAUGUAAUUUCAAGAUCAUCUCAUUUAUAUUCUAAUGAAAUGCGUCAAUUAACAAUAUUAUUAAUGUUAAUAUCAUGUGUAUUUUUAAUUACAACAGCACCAGUUGUAUUUAUUAAAUUAUUAUUAGCAUGGAAACAACAAUUUAUUAUUGAAAAUAUGAUUAUAUUAGAAUUAUUUGAUAGUAUAGCUGAAGUAUUAAUGUAUACAAAUCAUGCUAUCAAUUUUUAUUUAUAUUGUGCUGUUGGAUCAAGAUUUCGUAAAGAAUUUAAAAAAAUAUUUAAUUGUAAAUUAAAAAAAAGAAAAUAUUAAAAAUAAAAUAUAAAUGGAAAUAACAGAGAUUUUUUUUUCGUUCUUUUUAAAAUAUUUUUUUUCAUUUUUUUUGAUUGAUGGAUACAAUUUAUGUAAUCAUGUACCUUUUUAGAAUGUUUUCUGUUGCUAGGGGAAACUAUAUAUCGAUAUAUGUAUGAUCUAUUGAGAUGUGCGUGUGUAUAUGUGUAACUAAUAUCGAUAUAAGUAGUAUAUAACACUAGUCAGAAAUAGAAUGUUGGAUAGUAUAAAGUAAAGAAGAUUAAGGAGGAUAGAAUGAGAACCAAAAGGUAGUUGAUGUACAAUUAAAAAAAAAACCCAGUUAAUUUUGAGAUAAUUGAUUGAUAUUUUGCAAAUUAAGGAUUCACUAUAUGAUUCCUAGAUAUUAGAAAGAUGUUUUGGAAUUUGUGUAUUCAAUUACAUUCGAUUGUCCUCAAUUGUAUUCUUGUUUACUACAAUAUCAAUGACAUAUAUUUAAGUGUGAUCCCGACUAUUCAAUUUCUUCACUGAAUUAAUGAUUAAAAUUAGACAGAAUCUGAUUUUAGGCUCAUGAUAUAUUCAUUACGACUAUAGAUAAUGAAUCAUUGACAUAGGAUAACCUGCAACGAUUCAUUUCAAUGAAUUAGAUGCUCUAACAUAAUGAUGCCUUAAUACAAUAUAUAAGUUGCAAAUAGUCUUAAACAGUAUGUGUGAGCCAUAUUUUGUAAGAAAACCAUAAAGGGAAACAGGCUAAAUUCACUUGUAUCGUAUAUUUUAUCUGUCGUAAGC